UUUACUGCACCAGGUAGUUAACUUAAACUACAUUUCCCAGAAGGCACUGAGACGUGACGCGUGGAUUACAGGGAUAGGAUGAAUUGAGGAUGUUUGAAGUCUUAUCCUUACAACCCUGCGGUAUCUUUGACCUUUUAAAUUCCAGCUCAUCGUAAACUGAACGGAGGAGUAACAAGAGCUGAAGAUCCAGUAUUUAAAUCCUAUCCAAGAGAUAGGCUGGAAUCGUUAUUUAUGGUGAACACCACGUGACAUUAGGAGCGACUGAUCACUAACGCGUUUGGGUCAGAUGGCGUUCUAUAGUCAAGUUCUACUCCUCCUGCUAGUACUGACACCUCGUGCACUGCCAGAGCACACAGAAUAUAUUGAGGAGGACGGUGGCUGGCUGUUGAAUCACUACUCAUCGAUAGAGGAAGAGGAACUAUGUACAGUGGAGAGGAGAGAUGCAUCCAUCACAUACACAGAAUUUAUCCAGCAGUACGCCCACACAAGGCCCGUUAUUCUUCAGGGAAUCACAGAUAACUCGGAGUUCAGGACUUUGUGUUCUAAGCAACAUCUUCUUCAGGAAUAUGGUGAAAGAAAGGUCCGUCUGAGCACAGCAAACACAUACUCAUAUGAGAAAGUGGAUGUGCCAUUCAAAGAAUAUGUGGACCAGUUCCUCAAACCACAGGACGUAAACUCCCUUGGAUGUGACACACUGUAUUUCUUUGGGGACAAUAAUUUCACAGAGUGGGGAUCUCUUUUCAAGAAAUACACCCCCCCUCCAUUCCAGAUACCAGGCACCAGCGGGGCUUAUAGCUUUGGCAUUGCAGGGUCUGGUACAGGAGUGCCCUUUCAUUGGCAUGGGCCUGGAUACUCCGAGGUCAUCUAUGGCAGGAAGCGUUGGUUCCUGUAUCCUCCUGACAAGACACCUGAAUUUAAUCCAAACAGAACCACUCUCGCUUGGUUGUUGGAAACGUACCCUUAUCUUCCAGAGCAGGAAAGGCCAGUGGAAUGCACAAUACGGCCUGGAGAAGUACUCUACUUUCCUGACCGCUGGUGGCACGCAACGCUGAAUCUUGACACUAGCGUCUUCAUCUCUACUUUUCUGGGAUAACUGUAGUAAUUAAUCUAGUUAAAGGGACUCGAUACCAAAACGUUGAAGCACAUAAAAGUGAUGCAGUAAAAAGCCGACUAGAAAAUAUCACCUGAACAUCUCUAUGUAAACACUAAAGAUAUUUUACCUCAAAUUUCCUAAGUAUUCAUGCAGCCAGUCAGGAUGCUGGUCCCAGGACAAACUAGGGAGUGUGCAUCUGUGCAGGCACGGGCAUUUUAUUUUCCUAUUCAGUUUAAGUAAGUUCUAUGAAAUCUCAUGAGAUCGUAGCAAAGGCAAAGCAUUAACCUCAGCCCUGCUGAUUCUGAUUGGCUAUUUAUUUUAUUUAACUUGCAGCUGGACAGCAGCUGAAAUAUAACUGUUUACACAGCACUUACUCUGGGGAGCUGAAGAAAUGUUGAGGUAAAAUAUCUAUCUUUUUUACAUAGAGAUGCUCAGGUGAUAUUUUCUAGUUAGCUUUUUACAGCAAUGCUGCAUCACUUUCAAGUGAUUUAGUAUGUGAGUAUUAUGUCCCUUUAAGGAGAGUAUAUUUAAAUACUCCACACACAAAAAAUGGCUGCACUACAAUCAAUAACUCAGGGAACAGAGACUGUCAUAUGCAGAAUCUUGACAGUUAGAUAGUUUAAUUAUUAAAGGGAUAUGAAACCCAAAAGGUUUCUUUCAUGAUUCAGACACAGCAUACAAUGUUUUUAAAAAAAAAUUCAAUGUACUUCUAUUAUCAAAUUGACUUUCAUGUAAUUCUCUGAGGAUAUUUAGAUAGGUAAUGUGCACAUUUCUGCAGCAGAACAUGACAGAAAACACUGCUGCCACCUACUGUACAUGCAAAUGUAUAACAUUUAUUAAAUAGCUGCUCUAUAUUGCCCCAGUCAAGGUCAUGUUCAUACACUUUACUACCUGCUUUUCAACAAAGGAGAGAAUAAAGUAAACAAUUUUUUUUACACUCUGAAUCAUGUAAUAAAUAUGUUGGGUUUUUGUCUCUUUGACUUCUGAAUGUGACCACAAAAACGUUUCAUAUUUAUGGCUUUUAAGACAAUCUUUAGGCAGGGAAAUUUUGGAUUUCCAUGAAGGGUUAAGUACAUAUUUUUAUAUAAUUUUAACAUUAAAAAAAAUGUUUUUUUGUAGACUAAAUUUUUAUUCCUUUAAAUCAGGGGGUAGACAAAUUUGUUAAAAAUGUAGGUGCCAAUAAAAAUAUUUGGGAGCAAGACAUACGUUUAGGAAACAUACAGUGGUAUUUGUAUAUAGAUAUAUGGAGAAUAACUCAAAAAGUUAGGAGCCAGGAGUAAAAUUCUAGGAGCCAAUGGCUCCCUUUGUCCUGGGUUUGUUGAGCCCUGCUUUAGAUUGAAACCCAGACAGCAAAAUCUGAUCACUUGACAUUUUUUUUUUGUGUCAGAAAGUAAGUAAUAUCUACUGAAACCGCCCUGUAAAUUAGACCUGUUUGUUAUGGUUUACAGUUACUUGAAAAUAAAGGUGUUUUUAUAAUAAAAUCAAUUGUGUUUUAAAUAAAGCUGUGUCCACAGAGGGGCAAGAUGAUGCAAAACUAUAAA